UCUGCAUGAGGACUCACCUCUCCCGAGCAGCAUUACCAACCGCGCUCCUUCGUCUUCGUUUCUUCGAUCUUGUUUGACUGCUGCUCCGUUUCGUCAUGACCCCAUCUACGUUAUAUGAAUCUAAACCCACAACUCUCUAUGGUAGUUUACCAUUAGAAUCAAAAUGACUUCCUGUAGAGUUAUAUUGUUAGAUGAGGCGGAAAUUGACGUCACGAUUACGGAACAUUCGACGGGAAAUGACGUGUUUUCCAACGUUUGCAAGUACCUCAACCUUAUCGAGACCGAUUACUUCGGGAUUAUUCGGAAAACUUCGGAUCGCGAACAUAACUGGAUUAAUUUGGAGAAAAGUCUGCACAAACAGAUUGUAAAAGAGGAAAGAGCAAACUUGAUUUUUCACUUUGCUGUCAAGUUUUACCCGACCGACCCAACUUUCUUGAGGGAAGAAAUAACCAAGUAAGUAAAUUGCUAAAGUGAGUUCGGUUUGCUGAAUAUAUAGUAGGUUGGAAAGAUGUAACAUGUUUUCAUUCUUGUUCUCGUCCCAUUGGUAGUAAACAAAGAAAUGGUAUAAAAUGAUAUAACAGUAGCCCCACAAGUCUAACAGAUCGUUGUUAGUUGUUUAAAAUACGAUCAGGAAAUGUGGGACUUAGGUUCUAACGAUAUCCCAUUUUACCCCACAGUGCCAUACGCCUUUUAGCAUGUUAUAGUACUGUUGGGUAUGAUGGACAGUCCUACUGUUAGCACAUAAUUUUCCAUCGCUGAUAUGAUAGCCAGAUGUCACUUGUUCAUCAAAGAGUUUCAGGCAUAUGUGUGUCGUACAAACACAUGUGUUUUGUACUUACGGGUUUCGUAUUACAACCAAUCCAGGAACAAAAUGAACCUCAUAUACCAUAUGGGCGGUCGUGGCAUAUAUACAUCUCUUCACCCGCGCGUGUGGUUACAGCCAUAUAUGGUGAACAUGUGUGACGUAUAUCAAAACUACGCCCGACCAAUCAAUUCCGGUGGUACCUUGUGGGAUGUGAUAUGUCCAAAUUGACAAACAUACAUAAAACGACAAUAUACCUUACAAGGUUA